GGCUGCUUCAGAGUUGCUGCCCCUUUAAGCGGCUGACCUCGCUCUGUCACAUGACGGGAUUCUGGCAACACCGGCGGCUUCUGCCCUUACUUCGUACCGUGGCGACGAGGCACUGCGACAGCGGGGCCAAUAGGAGCUCUGGUGAGCUGCGUGGCCCUGCUUCUCGCCGAGCUGCUGCUGCUGAUUGGCUGAGCCACAAAGAAAGGCGUGGUUGGAGAAGGCAGAGGUCUUGGAGCUGGGAAGCAGGUAACUUCUUUCCACUUCGCUUGCCGCUUUCUAUUGUCCGGGCGGCGGCUCUAAGGUUGCUCCCAUUCCUCCCCCCCUCCCCGCAUGCAAUUAUGGAAUCAUAGAAGUGUAGAGCUGGAAGGGACCCCGAGGGUCAUCUAGUCCAACUCCCUGCAAUUCGGGAAUCCUUUGCUGCACGUGGGGCUCGAACUCACGACCCUGUGAUCAAGCGUCUCAUGCUGUACAGAUUUGUAAAGAAACUCUUUGUGCAUCCUCUCAAGGAUCCAGCUCUCCUUUCCUUCCAAUAUCUCUUCCCAAUUUUGAAUGAACGUUUACCCCUAUGGGGCUGGGGGCGGGCCGGGGGGCGGGAAGAGGGAGCUUGGCAAUGGCGACUGGAAGGCGGGAGAUAAUGGAGAGGUUUGUUUUAUUCCCUUACAAUUAUUGCUGUUGUGUUUUUUUUUCUUUUGCUGGUGGUGGCACUAUUUAUAGUAGUAGUAUUAAUCGAAUGGUUCAUUUAUUACACACUAAGGUCAUAGAAUAUAAAGCUAUCAGUGACUACUAGCCACAAUGGCUAUGCCAUAGAUGCUUGUGAAUACCAGUUGCUGGAAGCCACAGUAAGGGAAAGAGCUGGCUAGCCUGUUUCCUACAGGCAUCUGGUUGCCCCCUGAGAGAACAGGAUGCUGGAGUAGAUGAGCCACUGGCCUGAUCCAGCAGGCUCUUCUUUUGUACUGAAGGUCCCAGAUUCGGUUAGGUAAAGGUAAAGGGACCCCUGACCAUUAGUUCCAGUCGUGACCGAUUCUGGGGUUGCGGCGCUCAUCUCACUUUAUUGGCCGAGGGAGCCAGCAUACAGCUUCCGGGUAAUGUGGCCAGCAUGACUAAGCCGCUUCUGGAGAACCAGAGCAGCACACGGAAACGCCGUUCACCUUCCUGCCAGAGCAGUACCUAUUUAUCUACUUGCACUUUGAUGUACUUUCGAACUGCUAGGUUGGCAGGAGCAAGGACCGAGCAACGGGAGCUCACCCCGUCGGUUACAAUACAUUACAUCUCACCUUCCUCCUUUCCUGCCACUCACAGCAUUGUAGAUGUGGAUCACAUGGUAGGGUCUCCAUUUCACAAUCAGGCAGUAAAUAGACCAUGCCCUGCUUAGGUGGAAGAAUGAUGGCGGCCUGGUGUGCCUUCAUACCAUACGUAGCCUGUAACCUAAGACCCCAAAUUAUUAUUAUUAUUAUUAUUGAGGUCCCCCCCCACUCCUUUUGCUUCUGUGGUGGAGCUCAGGUAGUUCCCAGAUGCAGUUCUACUGUAGACACUGGCCAGAUUAAAAUUGCGCAAGGUGUUAGGAGGUCAGAAGCUGCCUUAUACCAAGUCAGAUUGUUCAGAAUUGUCUGUUACACUGACUGGCAGCAGCUGUCAGGGGUUUCAUUCAAGAAAUCUCAACCCAGCCCUUCUUGGAGAUGCCUUUGAGAGUUGAACCUGGGACCAUAUAGGUGCAUAAUAGAUUCCUUUUAGUAAACCACUCUGAAGGUUCUUCUACAAUCAAGCAGCAGAUACACUUUAUGAAAUAAAAAUAACUAAAAAAGAUAGAGUCAUAGAUCACAUUGUCAGUACAUAGGCUGUCAGACAAAGGCCACAUUCAUAUUCCCUAUAUAUACCCACUUGACUUCUUUGCUUGGCAAAAUGGGCACUAUUACAAGUGCCACAUAAUACCUGUCCGGCCUUUCUAAGAACUUGAUCUUUUUGUGUGGCAGCACUUACCUUUUAGAACUGCCUUCCUACUGAUACCAAACAGACACCUUCACUGUAUUCUUUUUGGUGCCUGCCAAAAGCAUUCUAACCCUUCCCAGAUGCUUAGAAAUGCUAAUGUGAAUUUCAAUUUGUUUUAACUUUUUGUAUGUUUUUAAACUAUUGUAAAUUUAUCUUGAAUUUUACUCUUUUUUGUAAACUUCUUUGAGGUUUCCAUUACAGUCAAGCAGUGUAUAAAUUGUGCGAAAUCGAAUAAAUAAAUAAAAUCCCCCCUCCCCAUUUAAUCCUCACAACAACCCCAUGAGGUAGGUUAGGCUGAGAUGCAAUUACUGGCUCAAGAUUACCCGAGUGAACUUCCAGGCCAAGUGGGGAUUGAACCCUGGUCUCCUAGGUCCUAGUCUGGCACCAACCACUACACCCCCACUGUCUCUCUCGCCUCAUGCUCAACCUCUCUUUAAUGUAGGCCUCAGUGAAGCCCGUUUACCUGUCCAGCUGCCACAGCCAUGUCGGAUAGGGAGGAGCGCCGCUUUGUGGAGAUCCCGCGGGAGUCGGUGCGGCUGAUGGCUGAGAGCACCGGGGUGGAGCUGACGGACGAGGUGGCCUCCCUCCUGGCUGAAGAUGUCUGUUACCGCCUGCGAGAAGCCACUCAGGUGAGGAAAGUCGUAGUGGGUCCAGUCCUGAGGAUUCUGGGAAACAGGGGGGCCAGCUUUGCACCCUCCAUCUCUCCUGCUGUUGACGAUCUGUCUCCUUCCCAGCCCCAGUUUGCCAAUAGGACACUAUUUUGGUGACUGAUCAGCUAGUUGGGCUUUCUGAUUGGAAGGUUGGCGGUUCGAAUCCCUAUGGCGGAGUGAGCUCCCGUUGCUCUGUCCCAGCUCCUGCCAACUUAGCAGUUCAAAAGCAUACCAGUGCAAGUAGAUAAAUAGGUACUGCUGUGGCGGGAAGGUAAAUGGCAUUUCCGUGUGCUCUGGCACUUGUCAUGGUGUUUCGAAGCGGUUUAGUCCUGCUGGCCACAUGACCUGGAAAGCUGUCUGUGGACAAAUGCCGGCUCCCUCAACCUGAAAGCAAGAUGAGCGCCGCAUCCCCAUAGUUGCCUUUGACUGGACUUAACCGCCCAGGGGUCCCUUACCUUUACUAAUUUCCCCCAUUCCUUAGGUUUAAAAAGAAAAGAAAAACGUGAAAUCAAACCUGCAAUGACAUAAAAAUUAUACAUUUUUAAAAAUUCAGAUAUGUAUGUAAGAAAAGCCAAGGGAACCAACAAUGUAUGCUGAAAGUGCAUUCACUUGCUUUUUCCACCUGGUGCCCUUUAAAUAUUUUGGACCUGAACUCCCAUCAGUUGUGGGCAGCAUGGUCAUUUUGGACUACUAUUCCCAUCAGCCCCAACCUGUUGUAGUCUAAGGAUGCCUGAAGGUCCACAGUGGGGGAGGGGGCACACCUGGAGCAGACAGUACCGUGAUAGACAUCCCAAGGACCUGACUUCAUCUGAUGUGACUUUUUGUAUGUUCUUCCCUCUUGCUUUCAGAACAGUUCCCAGUUCAUGAAACACACCAAACGGAGAAAGCUGACGGUAGAGGACUUCAAUCGCGCCCUGCGCUGGAGCAAUGUCGAGGUGAACCCGGGAGGCCUGGCUGUCUUGAGAACUGGGCAAAUCAGCUGGCCCCAAAUGGACCCCUCUCUGGACACCUUCCCUCUUGGCAGCAGCUAAAAGCCAGGAAGCUCCUUGAUAGUUAGAAUGAUUUAAGAUGCUGCUUUCGCCCAGGCUGGAGGGACGUAAGAUGCAAAGGAGCGUAAGAACACAAGCUCCUGUUGGAUCAGGUCAGUGGCCCAACUAGUUCAGCAUGCUGUUCUCACAGUGGCCAACCAGGUGCCUUAUUGGGAAACCUUCAAGUAGGACCCAAGCACAAGAGCCCUCUUCCGUCCUGCAGUUUCCAGCAGCUGGUAUGCAGAAGCAUUUACUGCCCCUGACAAUGGAGGCAGAGGAUAACCAUCAUGGGUAGCAGCCAUGGAUUGAUUAGCUUUUUCUCCAUGGCUUUUAAAGCCACCUGAGCUGUUGGUCGUCACUGCUUCUUGUGGGAGCAAGUUCCGUAGCUGAACUAUGUUCUGUGCAGAGAAGUAUUUUCUUUGAUCUUUCAGCCAUCAGAUUCAUUGGAUGUCCAAAUUCAUGGACUGAUUAAUGGAGGCUAUCCAUGAUGGCUAGCCACAGUGGUUGUGCUCUCCCUUGGCAGUCAGUAAUGCUUCUGGAGCCCUUCACGGCCCAGGACCCUCUCCUGGGACCGCCUCUCCCGGUAUGCCCGGCGGAGGACCUUAAGGUCCAUAAAUAGCAACACCCUAGAGGUCCCGGGCCCUAAGGAAGUCAGAUUAGCCUCAACCAGAGCCAAGGCCUUUUCAACACUGGUGGAACGCUCUGUCUCAUGAGACCAGGGCCCUGCAGGAUCUGAUUUCUUUCCACAGGGCCUGUAAGACAGAGUUGUUCCGCCUAGCUUUUGGCUUGGAAUCAACUUGAUCCCCUUCCCCUCUUUCCUUUUUCCUUUCUCCAUCUGUGAUGGAACUCCUAUUUGGGGACUUCCCUGUCCCACGUAGGACCAGUCUGGAUAGUUGGCCUUGGUGAAGAUUUGACGUUUUCAUCCCCAAAAAGUUUUUGAUUUGAGUUUCUACUGAAGUGAGGCUGCAUUUUAAUGUUGUAUUUUAAUCUUGUUUUUAAGUUGUAUUUUAAUCAAUUGUUUUUAUACCUGGUGUUAGCCGCCCUGAGCCCUGUCUUAGCUGGGGAGGGCGGGGUAUAAAUAAAACUUAUUAUGAAUACCAUUUGCUGGGAACCACAGGACGGGAGAUCUGGCUCUUGUGCUCGGGGCCUGUUUGCGGGUUUCCCAAAAACAGUUGGCCACUGUGAGAACAGGAUGCUGGACUAGAUGGGCCAUUGGCCUGAUCCAACAAGCCUUUCAUGUUAUCAACUAAAACCAGGCAGAUUAGUAGCCACUUCAAGGGGUCCUUUUUAAUUGGUUGGCAGGCCAGUUAGGAAAUGGGGUGUGUGUGAGAGAGACUGAGGGUGUCCAGUCUGUUGCAGGCGGUGUGUGGCUAUGGCUCUCAGGACGCCCUCCCAUUCCGUGCCAUCAAAGACGGCGAACUGUACUUCCAGGAGGAUCGUGAGGUCAACCUGGUGGAGCUGGCUUUGGCCACCAACAUCCCCAAGGGCUGUGCUGAAGCAGCCGUGAGAGGUAGGCCUCAUGGGGUGGGGAGUGCAGGGCAAAGGGGUGAGAUGCCUGCCCCAGGCAGCAGGGUCCACAGGGGCAGCAGAUCCCAAUGUAGUUCUUGUCUUCCCCUUUUGUUCCUAAUGUAGAUAUGUCCCCACCCCUUCUUACCUGGGGGGGAUGGAGGGGAGACCGCCAUUUUGUGGUUCGCCUUCGGUGCCAAAAUGGCUCUGCCCCUCCACCAACCUUAGCACCUGAGAGGAUCUGCAGGGAAGGAGGCUGUCUUUUUGGUAUUUGGGGCCUGAGUUGCUUCGGGUUUAAAGUACUAACCCAAUCACCUUGAAUCGGGCCUGGAAAAGGGCUGGCAACCGGUGCAAGUUGUUUUCAAGCAAUGAAUUAUUUGAGAUCUAAAUGGAACCCCAGGCAGUAAUCUGGCUGCUGCAUUUUGGACCAAUAGAAGUUUCUGAGUUGCCUUCAAGGGGGCAGCCCCAUGCACAGCACAUUGCAGUAGUCCAAGGCUGGGUUGAGCAGCUAAACCAUGGACCCUCUCUCUUUCCUCUCUUUCUAGUUCAUGUUUCUUACCUAGAUGGGAAAGGAAACUUGGAACCACAAGGCUCUGGUAAGAACAGUUUGCUUAGUUGUAUUUAUUUGAAAUAAUAAUAAUAAUAAUAACAACAACAACCCUGCUUCUCUCCCCCCCCCGCCCCCCAAAACGAAUUCCAGGCUUUAAUGUUGUUGUUUUUUGUAAUUUGUUGUUUAUUACAUUUAUACCCCACCUUUCCUCCAGUGAAAUCAAUGUCUUUCUCCCUCCCCCUCUGCCUUGCAAAAACAAGUUUGUGAGGUAUGUUAGGACCCGCUCAAUAGUGGUGCAUGGCCCUUGAAAGGUCACACAGAAGGGAAUGUGGCCCUCGGGUUGAAAAAUGCCCUGGCUCUGUGUGGCCAGUUGAAGCGCCCCGACCUUCUGCUCCAUUGGCCUAGGCGACAAGGAAGCGAUGGAUUGCUGAACUGUGCCGGACUGAGGUGAUAAACCUCAGGCCUCACGCCUCUCAGCAAUUAUGCUGCAGCAUUUUGCAGCUUGCGGAUCAAGCGCAAGGGAAGCCCCACAUGGAGCGCAUUGCAGUUUCUGAAAGGAACCCUGUUUGUUGGUUGCUUCCUUUUCCCCCACCCGCUACAACCCCCACAAAUCUCUCCCUCUCAUCCUUCCAGUGCCCAGCGCCGUCUCAGCCCUGACAGACGACCUGCUGAAGUAUUACCAGCACGUGACUCGGGCCGUGUUGGGGGACGACCCCCAGCUGAUGAAGGUGGGCAAUGAGUAGAGGGGUGAGGGAGCAGACAAAGCAACAGCUGGGGCCACAGGUGGAAUCAGAGAGCAGAAUUGUGCUGGGUGGAUAAAAAGGAAGAAGCAGAUAUUUUCUGGUCUGGGCGCAACCUCAGACAGGUCAAGUGCAAAGUGGUGGUGAGAGUGGUUUGGGGAGCAUUUGGGUUUGCGGCCUGGAGUUUUGGAAGUGCAUCCCGACCAGUGUUUGCCAACCAUGGAAUAGAAAAGACCAAAGUGGUUCAGGGCUUUAUAAAUAAUACAACAGCCUUGAACCUAGCUCAGUAGUAGUUUAGUACAACGGUACCCAUUAGCCCCAGCUGGCAGGGGCUAUUUGUGUAUCAUUGUUCUUUCUUAUAUCCUUUAUUUCACACCAUCAUAAUUGAAGCGAGGCCCAUUCCAUUUAUUCCCAGGAUGCAACAGGCCCUGACUCCAUUGAUGUUUACUUCCUUUGGAAGGGAAAAGGAGUGGGCAUGAACUGGGAAUCAGUAUUCAGCUAUGGGUCAGACCAAGCACUCUCGUGACUUGUGGUCAUCCAACGAAGCUGAAUGUUGGAAAGUUAAGGACAGGUUAAAGAAAGUACUUUUCCCCACACAGAGCAUAAACUAUGGAACUCCCCCCUGCAGGAGGCCAUGAUUGGAGCCACCACUUAAUUUGCUUUAGAAGAGGAUUGGAUGAAUUCAUGAAGGAGAAGGCUAUCAAUGGCUAUUAGCCAUGAUGUCUAUGCUCUGCCUUUGCUGUCAGGAGGCAACAAUGCUUCUGAAUACCAUUUGAUGGGAACCACAGGAAGGGAGAGGGCUCUGGGGCUUGAAUUCUGCUUGUGGUUUUCACCACAGGCAUCUGAGAACAGGAUGCUGGCCUGCUUGAGCCAUUCAGCAGGCUCUUCUUAUGUUCUUAUGGAGUAUGGUGCUUUAACCAUGCAGAAUUAAGUCUCACCCAUCCAAGGGCACCACCCUCUGCCCCCCACCUUGCCAGCCCCCUAACCUUUCCACUUCCAUCCUGCUCAGGUGGCUCUUCAGGACCUGCAAACCAACUCAAAGAUCGCAGCUCUCCUGCCUUACUUUGUCUACGUUGUGAGUGGGGUGAGUUGAGUGGCAAGUGCCCAGUUUCUCCCCACCCCUUGGGAAGCGCUUCUGCAACAACCAUGAGACCUGUAGGUGUUCUUUGGAGUGGCACUUUCUGUGAAAGCUGGCAGGAACCUCAGCUCACUCACAAGAAUGUGCUCAGAGGAGGGAGACCAGAAUGAUAAAGGGCCUGGAAACAGCAUCUUGUAAGGAACAGUUGAGGGAACUAGGGAUGUUUAGCCUGGAGAAGAGGAGACAGGGAGGGGAUAUGAUGGUCGUCUUCAAAUACCCAAAGCUUAUUAUGUGUGAGAAUGGAUUAUUAUUAGCAGUUCCCAGAGUGGGUUACAACAAUUUAAAACCUAGUUUAUUUUUUGCUGGUGUAUCAAUAUACCUUGAUGCUUGGUUUAACCAGAUUAAAUAUCUGAUUGAAAAUUCUGAGGAAAACUUUUCUUUUUUUUUAAAGAAAGGAUGGAAAAAAUAAAAUUCAUAAUCAAAAAACAGUUGAAACGUAUUAUGUUUACAAGAAUACAACUUGGGUCCUAAAAGCACACACUGCAGAUGCCAAAGGUUGCGUCUUCAACAUUUGCCGAAAGCUGUGUAGUGAAGGCGCCGGGCUCCUCUGUGGGGAGGGAGUUCCACAACUUUGCAGCUGCCACAGAGCAGGUGUACCGACCCUUUGAGUUUCUGAGCGGGAUGGAACAACCAAGAGGGCCCCUCUCUGCUGACCUUAACACCUAGGAGGGACUGUGGGAAAGAAGGCCACCUCUCAGACAUUUGGGGCCUAUGUGGGAAUGAGAGAAGGAGGUUGUGUUUACAACCGCUGUAAGGUUAGGUAGGAAGGAAGGCAUCUCCAGGCUGCGAGGGGUGCCCACCCUUGAGGGAGAGGCUGUGUGCCAGUCAGCUAAGGCCCGAGGGCUGCCCAGAGGGUGAUGUACGGCCGGGUCCUCUGCUUGGUUCGAGGCUGGCUUCUGAACCUGCCUUUCCUCUCCUGGAUCCCCUGGCAGGUCAAGUCCGUGAGCCACGACCUGGAGCAGCUGAACCGCCUUCUGCACGUGGCCAAGAGCCUCAUCCAGAACCCCUACCUGUGCCUUGGCUCCUACGUCAAGAGCCUCAUUGCCAGUGUCAUGUACUGCGUCCUGGAACCCCUGGCGGCUUCUAUCAACCCCCUCAAUGAUCACUGGACCCUGCGUGACUACGCAGCCAUGCUGCUGGGACACAUCUUCUGGUACGCCAUUUCCUCCUUUGGGGCAGGGAGAGCCUCCCCCACCCCCUGGUUUCCUGCUGCGGUAACUGGCUGGGAGGUGCACCGUCGUCUUUGGGAUGUCGCCCCCUGAAAUGUCUUGUGGACUCUGCUUUUUUUUUUUAAUAGGUGUCAGGGAUUUUCCAGUUGUGGGUUGGUCCAGAUGACCGUUGGGGGUCCCUUCCAAUGCUACAAUUCGAUUAUUUUAUCUAGCGCAAAAGUUCGGGGGCCACAUUCGGUCAUUGGCAAGUUUAAGGGAGCCUCAUGCAGGCAUAGGCAAACUCAGUUCUCCAAUGUUUUGGACUACAAUUCACAUCGUCCCUGACCACCGGUCCUGCUAGCUAGGGAUCAUGGGAGUUGUAGUCCCAAAACAGCUGGAGGGCCAAGUUUGCCUAUGCCUGGCCUCAUGGAUGGCGUUAGAGGCAAUCGUGGACAGAGGAGCAGACAUGACCCUCGGCAGUAGGCUAUAUUCCUGCCACACCAAAGCCAGUACACACACCCUAGCUUCAUCCUGACAUUCUGGGGGAGUGAGUUCCACAGUUUAGCAAAUGUGUUCCAUGAAGAAAUAUUUUCUUUUAUCCAGACAUGCACUGUCCCAUCGGUUGAGCAAGCCCGUGGAGAGAAAAAUCUCCUUAACUCUUUUAGCAUCCUCUUGGUUGAUUCUAUUUCUAUGCUGCUUUUUAUUCAGAUAAAUCCCAAAGCAUCUUACAAAUGAAAGAUAAAAAUAACAUAAUGGAACAUCAUGAAUACAGUAUAAAUGGUAUAGAACACAACAAAUCAUCAGUAAAACAAUCACAAAUAAAACAGUUGCCAUCUAUGUAACACUAUUAACAAAACAACUAAAAGAUAAGCUAAACAUCACAGUUACACCAAAAAUUGUAUUAUAGGAUUCACAAAGUAUGACAGCAUUCAUAUCUAUAAAACAAUAUUAGCAACAUAAAUAAAAUAGCAACAAAACAAACAAACAAAGCCCUGUUGAAUUUGUAGUCUUGACAAGCAGAAAACAAUGGUGCCCAAACGAGUGUCUUGCAAAUAAAGGUCUUUUAAAAUGUUGCUUGUCUAUCCUGACAAAUCAGGUUUCUAUAGCUGAGGCUGACACUACAUUCCACUGCAAACCAGCCCACCCAAGAGAGAGGAGACACAGUAAGGAACAGUGCUUCACUAAGCAAGCCCUUUCAGAAGACUCUCUUGGGUGGGCUAGUUUGCAUGCUCCUUGGGGCAGGGACCUGCCUGUUGUCCCCCCCUUUUUUUUCUUUUGCUUCUGCCAUAAAUUGAUAUAUGCUGCAUACACCGCAAAUCUUUUUCAGGACUCACGGUGACUUGGUGAGCGGCCUGUAUCACCAGAUCCUGCUAUCACUGCAGAAAGUGCUGGCCGAUCCUGUCCGCCCGCUCUGUUCCCACUAUGGGGCUGUUGUGGGGCUGCAUGCCUUGGGAUGGAAGGUAACUGGCAUUUUUGUAUUUUAUUUAUUACAUUUUUUAAAGAUAUCCCUAUGCAUUAGACAUAUCAGAGCCAUUUGCGUCAGUUGCACAUAAAACCAUACAACAGAAACCAUAUGGAAAAGUUAAAAUUAGAAAACCGCUAACCGUAGAUGAAAUAAUGUACAGUGGACACUCAGGUUGCGAACGUGAUCUGUGCAGGAGGCACUUUCGCAACCCGCAGCACCGCAUCUGUGCAUGCGCAGGUUGCAAUUUGGUGUUUCUGCGCAUGCGCGAGCGCCGAAACCUGGAAAUAACUUGUUCCAGGAGCUUUCGGGUUUCGGCACAUCCGUAACUCGAAAACGCACAAUUUGAAGUGUCUGUAACCCGAGGUAUGACUGUAUUCUUAACUGCCUGCAUAAACCUGACAGAAUAGGAAAGUUUUCAGCGGUUGGCACAGAAAGGCCUGCUGGAUCCCUAGUGGCAGAGAGUUCCACAGGACUGAGCCAGUGACACUAAAGGUUUAUUGUUAUUGCCAAAUGAGCUUUGUCUACUCAGGAAAUGACCGACGAUGCUCCUGCAGAUGAUGUUAGUGAUCAAGCUGUAAUAUAAGGGUUUUGGCAGUCCCUUAGGUACCCUGGAUGUAAGUCAUUCAGGGAUUUGUAAAUUAAUGCGAGGACACUGAAACUGCAGGUAGCAGAUGGGCAGUUUGUGCAUGUGUUUCCACACUGGUGACCUGUGUUGUUGGGCAGGUGCUCGCAUCAGCAGUCUGGCCACCCCAUUCAGCACCAGCCAGAGCGUCUUCUGAACCAGGCCCAAGGGCAGCUCCAUGUAAGUCGCGCUGCAGUGAUUUUGCCUGGCCAGUGCAGGGGCUACAGUGGUCUUCCUCUUGGCUGUGUCUCCCCAGCCUCGUGACCAGCGCAGCUGACAUGUGCUGUCUCUCUGUUCCUCCGUCUCUUCUCACCCAGGCAGUGGAGAGGGUUCUCUAUCCCCACCUCUCCACCUACUGGUCAAACCUGCAGGCUGUGCUGGAUGACUACUCUGUGUCCAAUGCUCAGGUGAAGGCUGAUGGGCACAAAGUCUAUGGAGCCAUCCUGGUAAGUCCCUGCUGAUACCUUAUGAGAUACUUUUUUCAUUUUUAAAAUCGAAUUUCAUUGACAACAAACAGGGUUGCAGAAAAAAAGAAAGGGGUGAUAAGAAUAGGUUGUCGCUAUUGCCAGUAAGGAAAUAUACGAUGCAGCCACACAAUUUUACUGCAUCAAUAAAAGGAAGAGGAAAAGGGUGUGUGAUCUAUUAUUACAAAGGGUUCCAUGGUCUAAUCCAGAGGUAUUUGGGGCCACCAUCCCUUUGGUUCCAUAAACUAAUCCCCUGCGCCCCCUACUCUAUAGAAAGCACUGUUUGCAAUAACAGUUUGCAUGAGCCACUAAGGAAGCUCAAUAAAAUCCCAAAACAGUAAAAACAAUGCAUGUUUAUUCAAAAUCCAAUUAAAACGUGUUAGUUUAAUGAAUUACGCUGAAUAAAAUCGAUUAACCUGUUCCUGUGACAGCAGCUUUUCAAAGUCUGAUAGUCAUUGACACCUCCAGUCCCAUCCCCCCCCGACACCCCUUGCAAUCCCACUGCCCCCCCCCCCCGGGAUGGCGCCACUCCAUUUGGGAACCAUGGUCUAAAUCAGAACAAUUACAAUUUUCUAUACUCUGAAAAAAGAUGGGAAAAGUAAUCUUAAACUGGGCUAAAUCCAGACAUUUACACAGACCUGUGCGACCUGACACUCCUGAGCUGCUGUGUUUGUAUAUGAAAUAAACCAAAUGGCAAAAAAGGGAUCGCAAGCCCUUUGAACACUUUUAGCUUAUGUGACAUUUUUUCCAAGAAGGGUGAUUUGCGAAGAGCUGGAAUAACCAAUAGCCCAGAUAUUGAGAUCAAAAGGCUUCGAAAACUUGGCAGCUGAGGCCAAGGCUGCUCUCAAAAGAUGUGAGAUCUGUCCCUUAGUGUCUCAAUCCAAAUCUACAAACAAAUUCAAAAGAGACGAAUGAGGGGAGGGGUGAUUUCUGAGAAAUCUCGGCCUGCAAAAUAUAGUCCAACCUUCCAGUGGUCAGGGACAAUGGGAGUUGUAGUCCAACAACAGCUGGGGACCCAAGUUUGAGAAACACUGCAUAACCCGCCCCCAAUGAGGCCCAGCCUGCGAGCGCAUUAUGUGCCAGCCCACUUCUGCCCACUGCCAAUGCUCAUUUGAUGUGCUGUUCCUCCUCCCUUCCUCCAGGUGGCAGUGGAGCGCCUCCUGAAGAUGAAGGCGCAGGCUGUAUCGGCGCCCGUCCAGGCGGAAGGCUCUGGCGCAGAAGGGCGCCCGCGGGAGGGCUGCCCUUGGCUCAGCCCUCUCCAGGACCCUCAGGUGGAGUUUGGCUUUGGCAUCGCCAGCCACCUGCUCCAGCUGGGCAGCGGUGGGCCCCAGGCCGGUGUGGGCAUCUCCACGGACCCCCCCACCACCUCGUUGAACGAGAUCUACCAGGAGCUGUACUACUUCUUUGGGGACAGUCUUGCCACCCGUUUCGGCACGGGUUCGGGGCUGUGCCCAGCCGAGCCGCUGCCGGCCAGCACUCCCAAGGUGGUGGACGCCAAAAAGGAGCCGCCGGCCUUUGGGGGCGGGGAGACAGCCCGCAAGAUGCCCCAGCUGACAGCCAACGCCACCGUCAGCCCGCGGGAAGAGGAGAGCCCCCGUGGGGAGUUCUCGGCCAGCCGGGCCCCCCUGCAGCGCCCCGCCAGCCUGGCGCGGUCGCGCAGCGCCUCUCGCCAGCAGGGGUACCGCCUGGGCGUCCGGGACGUCUUCCAGAAGUGCCGCUUCUCCCCCCAGGGGCCGCCUCGCUUCAGCUUCUUGAUCGCGGGUCGCCAGGCGGAGAGGCGGUGCCAGGGGCGCCUCUUCCAGACCUCUUUCCUGCACCACCACGGCCCCGGCCACGUCUCCCGCUACACCCAGAAGCUGCCCAUGAUCGGAAGGACCAAGGCAGCGAAGAAGUGGGCCCACUCAGAAUACUCUCUCUACCUGCCUCUCUGAAAGGGACCUGCGAGGGUGGCAGCGGCAGCGGCAGCAGCACCCAGCCUUUCUGGGCCAUGUGCCCUUCAUGGCAAUGUCAUUUUCUUAAUUUAAAAAAAAUAAAAUUCCAAAGAUACACAAUAUUCAAUAAGAAAUAAAAAUACAAAAUAAUAACCAAACAAAGAAAAUUAAUCAUACACCCAUGUGGCUUCCCUCCCCCAAUACUCGUCAUCUCUUAAUCUUUAGGCAAUGCCAUUUUUUAGGGCCACAGCCUUUCUCAGGUAGAGCGGUGACCUCUUGUGUUUUAUUCCUGGCGAUUUGGGACUUCUUUUUUAUCGGCUCUUCUUUUGAGGGGCACAAUUUCGUCACCGCUUGUCUGGGAGGUUGGGGGCAGGAGAGCAGAGCUGGUUUUACAAAGAUGUCAACCCUGGAACUGUGAAGGGGGAAGGAUUUGGGUUUGGGGCGAGGCUCCCGGCCGGCCUUUACUAAUGUGCUGGUCUCCAGUUGUUUUGAACUACAACUCCCAACAGCCUCAGCUACCACACACUGGCCAAGACUGCUCUAGGCAUUGUCUGCUUGUGAAGGCACUGAGGACAUACUCAGCCUCCUCUGAAUGGGGGCUCCGGUCCCCUCCCCAUUCCCCUACCAAAAGAGAAAAUGAAUAAAGGAGCCCUUUAUUUCCCUGAUCUUUUAAUAAACUGAUGUCACAGUGGGUCAUGCUGUUAACCAGAAGGUUGUUGGGCUGAGUCCACCCAGGGGUGGCUGUGGGCAGGAUUCCUGCAUUGCGGGGAGGGGGUAGACCAGAUUACACUUGGGGUCCCUUCCAACUCUACAAUGCUGUGAUUUUAUUAUUUAAAUCGUGUUCUCUCUCCCCCCCCCCCAACAAUUCUGGUAGCCAUAGCUGUCAACUUUCAGAUUUGAAAAUAAGGGAUCAGCAGCCUCAAAAAUAAGGGAUUAGCAGCGUAGCUGUCAACUUUCGGGUUUGAAAAUAAGGGGUCAGCAGCCUCACCUGUCCCGGAGACAGUCUACGGGAUAUCUAACAAUCUGGGAUAGCAGCGGGAAACAGCGCUGAAAUAAGGGAAUUUCCCGCAAAAAAAGGGAAGGUUGACAGCUAUGCUGGUAGCUAGUUUGUUAAGGUUACUGGAAAUUCUAGUUCUGUGAGGGGUCAAACUACUAUUCCCAAUAAUCUUUGUGGAGGGGUGUGCCUCAAAUGUACCGUG